UUUUCCCACUCCCAACCUCAGCAUUUCUUCCCUCUGGUGGAACUCCUCACAAUAACCUGGAGAUUGUCCACGUUUGCAUUCAGACGCCUGUUCUGUUCCACAUCCACGUCCUCGGCCCUCUGCGUAAAAGGCGCACACAGCCGUCCGCCACCUUUAACCAACUCUACCCAAACUUUAAAAGUGAUCCGCAGAAGUUGUGGCAAAAAUGUUUCUUGGAUGCGUUUUGUUUUUCCUGUUCAGUACGUGGUCAUCCGUGGAGUGUAAUCCCAGUCCUGUGUUAGAUGUAGUCGUGGACAGAUACUUCAUCCCCAGCGUCUGUGCCAGAGAAGUGAAGAACGGAGACUAUGUCCGCUACCAUUAUAACGCAACAUUUAUAGAUGGGAAAACAUUUGAUUCUAGCCACCAGAGAGGAGCCGCUAAGGUUGGCCAGAUCGGAGAGGGCCGCCUCAUCGCUGGCGUCGACAAAGGUCUGCAGGGCAUGUGUGUCAAUGAGCGCAGGACCCUGACCAUCCCACCACACCUGGCCUACGGCAGCACUGGAGCAGGUGAUGUAAUUCCUCCUGAUGCCACGCUGGUGUUUGACAUCCAUCUCCUAGAUCUGUGGAACACAGCUGAUCUGGUCAUGACUACAAUUAUCACCACUCCCAAAGACUGUAAACGCUCUGUGAUGCGCACUGACUUUGUGCGUUACCAUUUUAACGGCACCCUCCUGGACGGCAGCACAUUCGACUCGAGCUACACCAGGAAGCAGACUCACGACUCCUUAGUGGGUGAGGGUUGGCUGGUCAAAGGUAUGGAUGAAGGCCUGCUGGGUAUGUGUGUAGGGGAGAUCAGGCAUAUUGUCAUCCCACCCUUUAAAGCUUAUGGAGAGAAAGGAUCAGGCACAGAGAUUCCCCCCCAGGCGACUCUGGUGUUUGAUGUCCUGUUGGUGGACAUUCACAACCCGAAGGACAACAUCACCAUUGAGAACCAAGUGGUGCCUGAGUCUUGCACUCGGAGGUCUGUGGUUGGGGAUUAUAUACGAUACCACUACAACGGCACCUUUCUGAACGGCGUCACCUUUGACACCAGUUACCAGAGGAACAGCACAUACAACACCUACAUCGGGAUGGGUUAUGUGAUUGCAGGUAUGGACCGGGCCUUGUUGGAAGUCUGCAUGGGGGAGAGGAGAAGGGUCAUCAUCCCUCCACAUCUGGCGUAUGGAGACAAAGGAGCAGGUGAUGUGAUCCCCCCUUACGCCGUGCUCGUCUUUGACAUUCACAUCUUGGACUUCCACAACCCUAAUGACACAGUGGACAUCCAGGUCACCCACAGACCUGAAACCUGCAAUGAAACCACCGCUGUCAACGACCUCGUCUACUACCAUUAUAACUGCACGCUGGUGGACGGCACCAAGCUCUUUUCCUCACAUGACUAUGAGAAUGCUCAGGAAGCGGUGCUGGGCGCAGAUAAGGUGAUAGAUGGGCUGGACCUGGGUUUACAGGGCAUGUGUUUGGGAGAGAAGAGGGUUUUAAUAGUGCCACCUCACCUGGGCCACGGAGAAAGAGGAGCUACUGGUGUACCCAGCAGUGCGGUGCUGGUCUUUGACAUUGAACUGGUGAGCUUCCAGAAGGGUGUGCCGCCCGGGUACUUAUUCGUCUGGCUGGAGGACAGUCCUGCAGAACUGUUUCAAGCCCUAGACUUAAACAAGAACAACGAGGUGCCCCAGGAGGAGUUUGGGGAGUUCAUCAAGCUGCAGGUGGCAGAGGGCAAAGGUCGUAUAAAGCCUGGGAUGACCAUGGAGCAGGUAAUUUCUGACAUGUUUCAGAACCAAGACCGGAAUAAAGACGGCAUCAUUACGGCCGAUGAGCUCAAACUCAAAGUGGACGAGGACAAGGAAAGAGAGGCGAGACACGAUGAGUUGUGAUGAAGACACGGGUCCAUUCUCACUCAGGGAUUAAAGCUCAACACCUUAAAAUAUGCAACAAGAGACUUUUCCCAAAGAGAACUGUAGUUUAAUAUUUUCUGUAUCACAUCAGACAGCUUUUUGAUAUGACAGGAGAAUAGUACAGUAGAUCUGUGUGUGUAGUCCUGUGUUGUAUGAUUGUUUGUGUUUGAUAACUUUAUUCCUCAAAAACAAACAAGCACCUUUAUUUUGUCCUGAAACUUACAUGAAUUAAAAUGUUUGUUUAAAAAAGAAAGAAAAUUGUAUUA